AUGUUUGAUGGUGAAGGUAGUAUGAACAGAUUUGUUUUGGUUUACUUUGAAUCGCCAGUUAGUAAACCAUUUUUCCAUGUAGUUAAGAAUGCCCCCUUGGGGAACACCAGCAUUGAUAACUCUGUAUUGAAAAAUAUUUUGAACUAUCAGGCAUACUUAAAAGUCGAAGUUACCAACAUUUUUGAUACUCAACAAGAAAUAAUUUAGGCGAUUACCAAUUCAAGUUAAUCUAAUAUCAGUACUUUUAAUUCAUGCGAAAUAGAUUAUUUUGUAACUGCUUGGCCUGAACCGAACCACAAUGAAUUAAACAAUUUAGAAACAGAACUACAAGCUAAUGAAUACGAUUUUAAAAACAAAGUUGUAUAUUCAAUUAUUAUGAGAACAGGAGGAAAAUCAGCCAAACAUAUGCUCCGAAAAAUAAUGAAAAAACUUUUUUUCGAUCAUGUUUUAAAAGAUUUUACUUAUUUUGGAUUAAAAAAUAAAUACAAUUUUUCUUCAUUAUUGAUCAACAGAAUAAUUUUUGAUGCUACAAAACAAUCUAAAUUCCAAAAUGUCGUUAAAGAUGAUGAAAUAAUUUCCAUGAUUGGAAAAUGGUUGACAAUAGCUAAAUCUAGAAUAGAAAAUAAAAAACAUAUGAAUGAUGUGACUAAAAAUUGUCUACAGUAA